UCCGGCGAAGGACGCCCUGCAGCCGGAAAGGGUUACGUUUAAAUUGGUGGCCGCGGCGUGGAGUUGGCAAGGGGAGAAGAUCUUGUGAUGGAUACAGAAGAGACCGUUGGGGCAGCGGCGUUGGCGGCUGAGGUGUCUCAUGUGGAGCUGGUGGGAGGACCCGAUCCAGAGCUGGCAGCCACGAUGGGCUUCUCGGGCUUCGGAAAGAAAGCUCGAACAUUUGACUUGGAAGCAAUGUUUGAGCAAACUCGAAGAACUGCAGUGGAAAGAAGUAAAAAGAUGCUGGAAGCCCGUGCAAGAGAAGAGGAAGCCCAGAAAGAAAAAGAACUAAGAAGCCAACAUGAAGAUGUUGAUUCAGCAGCUUCAGGCUCAAGUGUGAUGGGAGCUUGCUCCGCAUUAACUUGCAGAGAGGCAGAAAGUAGUGAAAGUGAAGAUGGUUCAAAUGAAGAAUUAAUUGGUCCUCCUUUGCCACACCAAACUUCCAUUCAAGGACCAGCAGAGGAUACUGAUGAUGAUGAUGAUGAAUUUAUUGGGCCACCACUUCCACCAGGGUAUAAGGACAGUGAUGAUGAUGAUGACGACAUGCAAGAGGAAGAUAAUAACCCUGUCAAGAAAAUUCCAGACUCUCAUGAAAUUACACUCCAGCACGGGACCAAAACUGUAUCUGCUUUGGGUUUGGAUCCCUCAGGUGCCCGUUUGGUAACUGGAGGCUAUGACUAUGAUGUUCGGCUUUGGGACUUCGCUGGAAUGGAUGCAUCUCUUCAAGCUUUUCGAUCACUUCAGCCUUGUGAAUGUCACCAAAUCAAAUCUUUACAGUAUAGCAGCACAGGGGAUGUCAUUCUUGUUGUGUCUGGUAACUCUCAAGCUAAAGUUCUUGACAGAGAUGGCUUUCCAGUAAUGGAAUGUGUUAAAGGAGACCAGUACAUUGUGGACAUGGCAAACACCAAGGGUCAUACAGCAAUGCUUAAUACAGGCUGUUGGCAUCCCAAAAUAAAAGAAGAAUUUUUGACUUGUUCCAAUGAUGGGACUGUGAGGACAUGGGAUGUUAACAAUGACAAAAAUCACAAAGGUGUGUUUAAACCACGGUCAGUUCAAGGUAAACGGGUGAUUCCUACAACUUGCACUUAUAGCAGAGAUGGUAAACUUAUUGCAGCUGGCUGCCAAGAUGGCUCCAUCCAGAUCUGGGACAGGAAUAUGAAUGUUCAUACAAAGUUCCACUGCAGGCAGGCACAUGCUCCUGGCACUGAAACUUCAUGCUUGACGUUUUCCUAUGAUGGUACUAUCCUUGCUAGUCGAGGAGGCGAUGAUACAUUAAAAACAUGGGAUAUCAGGCAAUUUAAAAAACCUCUUAACUCAGUUGAAGGUCUGUCCAGCUUCUUCCCAAUGACAGAUUGCUGUUUCAGCCCAGAUGAUAAGUUAAUUGUCACGGGCACCUCUAUUAAGAAAGGAGGUGGCAAUGGGAAGCUUUUUUUCUUUGAACGGGAGAUAUUCCAGAAGGUGUAUGAAAUAGAAGUCACAGAUGCUGUAUGUAUUUUCUUUUUCUUUUCAAGUAGAAUUCAAAAUGUAAAUUAAAUCAAGUGAUCUCUU